GUGAACUGUGAAAGCGCGUCUUAAGGAACGCUUCACGUGAAUUUAAGGUUGGAAUUAAAGGUUACUCUAACAACUGGAGGCUUACAGUCGAUGUCCUUUUUCGUGUCAUCCACGCUAUCAUUAUUGAGUGCUCAGGCGAUUGAAAGUAAUAAAGGUCGUGGUAAGCCUUCUGGUUACUAACGAAAUACAGACUUGAAAACUCUAUAUUUGUAAGCAUGUGUGAAGUCCAACCACAACAAACAGAUAUUGCUCUUGUUCUUGCUUGCCAUGAUGGUAAUUUCGACGAAGUCAAAAGGUUGGUUGAAGAAAAAAAUGCAGAUAUAUGCUACCAGGAUUUUAAAACUGGAAUGAGCGUUUUAAUGGUUGCUUCGGGUGCUGGCCAUACGGAUAUUGUAAAAUAUUUACUAUCAGAAGGUGCUCCAUGGAAUGCAGUUGAUCGGAAUUAUUUAUGCGCAGGUGAUUAUGCUGCCAAAAAUGGACAACAGGAAUGUAUUGACGUCUUGAUGAGCCAUGCUGUAAUGUCUGAACUCCUCUUGUCAAUGGCAAUGGGUAAAUCGGAUCCAGAAGUUGUACAAAACGUCGAUUCCAUGAGUUUUACAACUACCGUCAAUACUAGUAUGGAUGGCAAAUCAGAGCUUCUUAAUGCUUCCUACCUUACUAGUCGACUGGAGUACUCUAAUGACGGCAAAUGUCUUAUUGAUACUAAUACACAUUUGGCUGUAAUGAUGGAUUGGGAAACUCCCAUAAUGGAGAAGCAUGCGGCAUGGAUUUGUCAAACAGAUGUUGCUGAUAGACCACCUCCUCGCGUUUUGAAUGUUGGUUUCGGUAUGGGGAUUGUUGACAAUGCUAUACAAAAGUAUUCACCAGAUUCACACGUCAUAAUAGAAGCUCAUCCUGAGGUUUUGCAGAAAAUGAAGUCAGAAGGGUGGUUUUUACGACCUGGCGUUAGAAUCAUAUCGAGUAGAUGGCAAGAUGCAGUUGUUUUACUGACGAAAGAAAUCGAUGAAAAGAAACUACCAAGAUUUGAUGGGAUAUUUUUUGACACAUAUGCUGAGGAUGAUAACGAUUUGAGGGAAUUUCAUACCUGGUUACCCAAACUCCUUUCCCUUCCUAAUCAUCAAGAUCCAGAAGGUACUAAAAGUCUGUGUUUUCCUGGAAGAUACUCCUACUAUAAUGGCUUGUGUCCUGACAAUGUGUUUUUCCAUGGGGUCGCAUGUGAGACUAUGAGGUUGCACCUGAACAGACUUGGAAUUAGUUGUGUAUUCGACCCCAUUGCUGUUGACGUUGCAGACCAAGAAAUAUGGAAGGAUGUUUCUAAAAGAUACUGGUAUUUUGAUACAUAUUUUCUACCGAAGUGUACUUUCGAUCUUAAAGAAUGAAUUUAAUCUUUCUCUCCUAAAUGACUUCUCCAUUAAUAAGGCUGUUUCCGUUAAGACUGUAAAAUACCUCUUGAGUACAGAGGUCUUUUGUUUAUUUAAAUACGUUGCAUUACUGAUUGGGUACACUUGAUUUUCU